AUGGAAACAACAAGACUUUCGAAAGCUUCCGAGCAUAGGGUGUCAAAGAAGCCGAGAAAGAGCGUUGCUUGUCAGCGAUGCCAUUCACACAAGAUCAAAUGUGAUGGCCAGAAGCCUUGUAAGAACUGUCGAGUCGCCGACAAUGUCGUAUGUGAAUACCCGAUCAAGGAUCGAAAGACUACCGUCCGGGAAAGCUAUAUCAAUGAUUUAUUGAAAGAGAUUGAACGUCUCAAGAAAGACGCCUCCACACCUCAGGGCGACGAUCAGCAACAAAGCCAAGGUAAUACACCAGAGCCAUCUACCACCACAAACUCAGGAAAUCCUUUGGUGCGAGACGACGCUUGGUUUGUUCCACUGGAUCAAAGUCCCAUCUUCAUUGGCGAGGCAGCAUGUACAGCAUUCUCAUCGCGUCUACGGCAACUCCUACUUCACACGCAAGCAGAAAUUCACAUUGCUAGAACACACUAUAUCCAAGACAGCCAAAUCUUACAAGCAGCAAACGAGAAUGCACCAUGGCCAAGCCGGCCUCAAGCAUAUCUGCUCGUUGAAUCCGUCAUUGCGACAGUGGGACAGUGCUAUCAUCUCUCUUCUCUGUCCAGUGUUCGAAGUUAUCUGGAAAAAGCGUACACUGAUCGAUCAUCCUUGAGCCAAAUGCAAGAGUGUAAACUUUUUGCUCUGUUCGCACUCGCUCAAGUAUACUCGCCCAGGUUAGCUGAAGCUCAGGACAUGGUGUUUCCUGGAUUACCGUAUUUUGCAAGAGCUAGGUUGCUCUUGCCUGUACUGCCAGAACGUGCAACAGCGGAUCAUGUUGAAGUUUUGAUCUCUCUUACGAUAUACUCAUUGGCGAUGAAUAGACGUCAUUCGGCGUACUGGUACAUUGGGUCUGCGAUGCGACUAUCCAUGACUUUGGGUCUACACCACAAUAUCGCAGAAUCUCAACUACCAGAUCUGGCUGCCAGACAGAUGAGAGCACGUCUAUGGUGGACGGUGUAUGCUCUCGACCGUUUCAUCGCAAGUAAGAUCGGUCACUCUGCAUUCAUCCUCAACGAUAGUAUAGAAGUCAGUCCACCUUCAGAUGCUGGUCUUACCGACGCACAGAAAGGUGAUGUGGUCAGUGCCGACUAUAUCUGUGCGAGUAUGCGGUUAGCGAGUAUCGCUGGAGAGACAAUCUCGACGUUAUACAGCCGGAAGAAAGACGAUAGGCCAUUUGUUCAGAAAGUACAAGCUAUCUUCAAGAGCCUUCGAGACUGGUCGGCAACAUUACCCGAAAGUGUUAGGAUGUGGCCGGACAAACCUGCUAGUUGGCAUAUUGUCGCUUUGCAUCUGUCUUUCAACCAGUGUGUCAUCCUUGCCACCCGACCAACCUUACUCCAAGUCUUCCACGUCACCAACCGUACAAACCGAAAAGACGAGAUCCCUCAAGCAACGUUCAUGCUAGCUGAAACUUGUGUCCACACUGCAAGACAUACCUGCCGUCUCUUGACCCAAGCAUGGACAGCACUUCCAGCACUAGACUACUCAUCAGCGCAGUAUCUCUUCGCUGCAGCCACCAUCCUCGCAGUUUCAAACCUCUGUCUCGGGUCCAACGCACAAGCAGACAAAGAGACAUUCCAAUCAGCACACCACCUGAUGCAACAACUCGAUCGUUUAGGUAACAUUGCUGCUAGAGAAUUCUGUCAACAUUUAGAUGCUGUUCUUGACUGCAUCACAAGAUUCGAAGCGGAAAAGUCUGAACAGUUACUAGGAAUUACACCGCAACAAUCGUCAAGUAUGGAUGCAUUGCGAAUGGAUGAGAUGACCAGCGAGAUGGCGAUCUUCCAGCCAAAUGUGCAGGAUUUCUUGUCGUUUGAUAAUGCUGAUCUAGAAGCGCUGUUUCCUUUCGAUACGACUGAUAUAUGGCCAUAUGUAUCAAUGCCGGAUUUUGAGGCGUGA